GCGGGGCCGGGGCCGCAGCCAUGGCCGCGCUGUUCGGAGGCGUGGAGGGCGGGGCCACCCACUCCCGGGUGGUGGUGGUCUCUGAAGAUGGCCACGUCCUGGCCGAGUCGGAGGGACCCUCCACCAACCACUGGCUGAUCGGGUCCGAGCUGUGCGUGCAGAGGAUCGAGCAGAUGGUCACCCAGGCCAAGAGACAGGCAGGGGGGGACCCCCGCGUCCCCCUCCUCUCCCUGGGUCUGUCCCUCAGCGGGGGGGACCAGCGGGAGGCGCUGGGGACGCUGCAGGAGGAGCUGAGCCGGCGCUGCCCGCACCUCAGCCGCAGUUUCCACCUCAGCACCGACGCCGUGGGGGCCAUGGCCACCGCCACCGACCGGGGUGGCAUCGUCCUCAUCUCGGGCACCGGCUCCAACUGCAAACUCAUCAACCCCGACGGGUCGGAGGUGGGGUGUGGGGGCUGGGGACACAUGAUGGGGGACGAGGGAUCAGCCUACUGGAUCGCCCAUCGAGCCAUCAAGGUGGUGUUUGACUGCAUGGACAACCUGGAGGUGCCACCCCACGAUGUCACCUACGUCAAGGAGGCCAUGUUCCAGUACUUCCAGAUCUCGGACAGGAUGGGGCUCCUCACCCACCUCUACAGCACCUUCCAGAAGUCCAAGUUUGCAGGAUUUUGCCAGAAGGUGGCAGAGGGUGCCCAAGCUGGGGACCCUCUCUGCUGCCACAUCUUCCACAAAGCAGGAGAGGUCCUGGCUCGCCACGUGGUCGCCGUGCUGCCCAAAAUCGAUGAGAGCCUGUUCCUGGGGGAGCUGGGACUGCCCAUCCUCUGCGUGGGCUCUGUCUGGAAGAGCUGGGAGAAGAUGCGAGCGGGAUUCAUCCAGGUGCUGGCAGAGGCUCAGGACCAGGUUCCUGGUCACCUUUUCACCCGUUUCAGCCUGCUGAAGCUGAAAUGUUCCUCAGCCCUGGGGGGGGCCCGGCUGGGGGCCAGGAGCAUUGGGAGAGCUCUGCCCUUGGACCCCACCAACAACGUGGACAUCUUCUACACACACACCUUCUGACCCCCACCCCAAAACCCCCCCGGAGGGAGGGACAAGCAGGGGGAGGCCUCGGGCAGUGGAGAAGUUGCAGGACCCGAAGGGGAAAUGAAAGGGGAAAU